AUGUUCAUACAGCGGGCCCCAUUGCGAGUCCUCGCGCUGCUCGUCAUCUCGCUCGGUGCGAGGGUCAGCGCGCAGAACCUGACGGAUGACCAGAUCAGUCUCGUCAAGGCGCGGUUAGCGCAAGGUGCCACGCACAGCUGGGAACUCGGCACGCGCGCCCAAGCUCUCGUCGAGCUCGACACGCCCACCUUCUCCGUCUACAACGCUUCCGUGCCCCCACCCCGCACCGCUCCAUCGUCGCUUAACGAGACGCUCGCCAUCGCGCAGUCCAUCGUCGCCAACCGGAGCGCGUCGAACCACAACGCGACGGGUCCGCAGCCGCUGAUACAAGACGGCGCGGCGGCCGACCCGGCCUCGAACAUCUUCGAAGUCGUGCUCGCGAACUGGACCGGUUUGAGCGACCACGACUACGCGGGCGCGGCGAAGGAUCAGGUGGAUUUCCUGUUCGACAAAGUCCCCAAGACGAGCGAUGGGGCCAUAUCGCAUCGCGCGGAUCAACUCCAAUUAUGGAGUGACUUCGUGUAUAUGGUCCCGCCUACGCUUGCUUACUAUGGCGUCAUCACCGGGAACCAGUCCAUGGUUCAGUUCGCCUACAACCAGGUCAAACUGUAUCGGAAUUAUCUCAUUGACACGCACGCAAACAACCUGUGGAAGCACGUUCUGAUGGGCUCGUUCAACGACACGGGCCACUGGUCAACCGGGAACGGGUGGGCCGCGGCAGGCAUGCUUCGCGUCGCCGCGACAAUCCAGAACUCCCCAUUCUCCUCUGCGUUGAAGAACCAGCACAAGGAUCUUCUGAAUUGGGCACAUGAGAUCCACGGCGGGAUGUACCGUCACCUCGACACCAACACAUCCCUCUUCCACAACUACGCCGACAACCCCUCGACCUUCCUCGACGCCUCCUCCACCGCGAUCCUCGCCGCCUCCGUCUACCGCCUCGCCAACAUGGGCGGCCCGCGCACGCACAUCCCCCAAGCCGAGCUCUCCCGCAAAGCGCUCUCCUCCACCAACUCCUCCGGCGCGUUCGUCCACUUCGACGCGCAGGGCUGGCUGACGCCCGUGGUCAACCCGGAUUCGUACGGCUCGGAGGGGUCGAAGAGUCCCGAGGGCCAGGCGUUCGUGCUCCAGAUGCACGCGGCGUGGCAGGACUGGGUCGCGUUGGGAGAGAAGGGUGCGUUCACCUGUGCAUCCCUUUGA